AUGGCCAGCCCUGUAUCUCGUUCGCGCUCAUCGGCUAGAGCAUGCGAUCGGUGCCGUCGGAGAAAAGCAAAGUGUGACUGCUCGGGUGAAUCGUCAACAUGCACCAACUGCCGCCUGGCUCGGAUGCAAUGCACAUUUGACGUGCCGAUCGCCAGACGUGGGCCCAAAUCAAAGCGACAAAGGUCGCACGAUGUGGCUCAUCCGAAUGUCCUGCAUAGUCCCCUAGCAUCGGCCUUGCAAAUAUCGGAACACGGCUCUAUAACUCGAAAUCUCAGUUCGACCGCACCGGUUGCAGUUCCGCUAGAUGCAUGGGAUACCGAUCUAUCGGUACUGGAUCCCACUCUUUCCCCUGAGACGGUGCAUACAGUGCAGUCAUCUAUUUCCGAUGUCGCCUCGACAAGAAUCACCUCAGCGUUGCAGCGAUGGCAUGCUUUGGAGCGGGUGAUUUCCGCGCAGGAGUCAUCAACACAUCUAGAGCGUACUAUCAACCAUUGCUUCGAGCUAUUCUUUGAAUAUCUAUAUCCCUUGACUCCACUUGUUCAUGAGCCCAGUCUACGAGAUGGGUUGGGGUUUUUCGUCACCCAAGGAAGGAAUUCGAGAGCUGACGGCCUCGUAUAUGGAGUGAAUAGUCUCAAAUAUCCAGAGCUGUGGCCGGAUCUUUCUUUCACUUUGAUCACUGCUGUCUGCGCAGAAGCGGCCUUUCUCCUUCCGAAAGAAAUCUUUCCCGAGGGAGAGGGAAUCGCAGACAUAUUUCUACAAGCCUCCAGAAAUUGCCUGGCCACAUAUCUGGAAGCUGAUCUCGAAUACCCAAAUGCCAACUCGGUUGCCAUUCGAUAUUUCCAUUCCAACUGCAUGCAUGCAGCCGGCAAGCCACGACUGUCAUGGCACAUCUUUGGGGAAGCUACCCGAUUGGCCCAAGUGAUGCAAAUGCAUGAAGAAGAUUCACUGCAGGGUCUCACUUCCCUCGAAGUAGAGUUUCGCCGACGGGCAUUCUGGAUUGCCUAUAUCGGUGAUAAAUCGGCAGCCAUUCUGAACAAUCGUCCGAUCACUAUUCACAAGUAUUCAUUCAACUCUGGCAUCACCAUCGGCUAUCCAACAGGCAUCGAAGAUGAGACAAUCUUGACACCGGGUAGUGCUGUUCCAGAUGCCGAGAGUACUCAAAAGAGUUUCAUUGCAGGAUUCAAUGCAAACAUUCGGCUCUGGCAAAGUGCAUCCGAUUUGCUUUUAGAGAUGCGAUUGUUGGAUAGCCACAAAAAUGGGAAUCUACUUCCUCGUCAACCUCCCACGGUAGAAGAAAGUCACAGGCUUGACCAUCUUUACGUGCUUUUUGCAACGUCUCUCGAUGACUUACCCUCCUUUUUACAAUAUGACCAGCUCAUGUCAAACGCCAAUAAAGAAAACCAACGCCUGUCUAGACUCACUAGACUGCAUAUCAUUCAAGCAGCCAACGUCUACAUCUCGCUGCACUGUCUGAAGAUGGUAAUCACACAAAAAUUCGAAGAGUUCAAUUACUAUCCUCCUGCGCCGAAUGAAAUGCUGCUACUACGGAAAACUGACAUUGCACGCGAUCUUCUGCGAGUCAUUCGCGAUGCCCCUUUUUGGGCGUUGCAGAUUAACGGCGAACCAUGUGUAGAGAAGAUCAGACUCAUAGGAGCUUGUCUGCUCGAGAUUAUCGAUCAGCAUGAAACAUCGCCUCUGUCGGCUCGAGCCCGUAACGAUCUGUCGGUACUCCUUGAUAUACUGACACGCUUAGACUCGAAAGCGUCGGACACUUUGCGACGGUUGUUAUGA